GUGGCGUCGCGCGGGAGGGGAGUGCGCGUGCAUCCGAAUGGGUCGAUGAAGCGUGAGUAAUGCAAGAUGCUCAGAGUGCGUGAAUAUGCGAUUGCUGGCAGUGGCGGCUCUGUGUGUCGUGGCGCAUGGCACCUUGGCGAACGAUGAUGAACAAGAAAAGGACAUCGAGGCCAUCGUGCAGUGCAGCACUGACCCGGUGAGCAUCCGCUGCGCCUCCUUCUACCAGAUGGCCACCAUCCACGAGGCGUGGUUCUACGAGACGGGCCACUUUUGCCAGGAGCCGCCGCCGCCGCCACCGCCGACACCGUCCGCCUCGGUCACGGCCGUGCCUCGCUACUCGGUGCUGAGCAGCUUCAACCGCAGGUGCUCGGGCCGGCGGCGCUGCUCGUUCCUGCUGCGGGAGCACCAGCCGAACGCCUGGCGACCCGGCGUGCUGUACGUGCGCUUCCGCUGCGUGCGCCGUGAAGAGGUGACCCGGUACUGCUCCGAGGUACUGACGUCACAGCACGGCUACCUCAGCAACCCGGGCUACCCGCACUACUACCCGGGCGACCUCAACUGCUCGUGGCACAUCCGGGUGGACGAGGGACAGCGGCUGCGGAUCAGGGUACACGACCUGAGCGUCAGAGAGGUCAGCUGGUGUCCCAUUGGAAAGUCAUGGGGGUGCGCAGGGCAACCGCCGGCUUGCACCGACUUCCUGCGCGUGGCCGAGGGCCGCCGCCUGCUGUCGCUCGACUGCGGUGACCUGGAGCGGCCGCUGGUGCUGACCUCGCGCGGCCCCGAGGUCACCGUCACGCUGUGGGGCGAGGGUCAGCCGCUGUACCCGCACAGAGGCACGCUCGUCCAGUACACCGCCGUGGGCUGUCCGUCGCCGUCUCCGCCGCGGGACGGCUACAGUGUACACCGCAACGCCACCCACGCGCACUUCUCGUGCUGUGUCAACUUCGUGUUCGCCGACACGCUGAAGAGAGGACCGGCUGCUGCGCUGCCAGAUGUCUAG